AUGCGCCAGCGAACCCAGCUCGACCAUCUCGAGGGCGGCAGCCCCCACGGCAUGCUCGACGACGGCAAAAAGUACGACAAACGACGGAGGCGGCCGUGGCAGGUCUGCGGCGGCGUCGUCGCCGCGUUCGUGGUCGCCUACCUCAUCUUUUUUCACGCGCUGGGCCCGUCGGGCCGCGAGCUGAAGCGCCUGGAAAAGACGAAGCGGAAAGCGGACAAGCCCGUCAAGCACGUCGAGCCGCCGCCGAGCAAGUGGGACCACCACCACCACCACGGCGCGGUGCAGCCGCUCGCGGAGUCGGUGACGGCCGAGUUCCACGCGGCGGCGGCGGCCGCGCUGCGCGGCGAGCUCGCCGACACGUUUUCGCGCGUCCAGGCGCGCGUCGCGGCGCGGAAGCAGAAGCGGCCGCCGCCGCCCGCGGGCGACCCGCUCGCCGUCGCGCCGGAGCCGCGCGCGAUCGCGCUCGAGGCCGGCGAGCUCCAGCGGCGGCGGAGCCCGGGCAUGCGGGGCACGCCCAUGGACGGCGGCGUGUCGGCGCAGGCCGUCGACGUCCUCGGCCGGCGCCUCGCGGCCAUGACCCGCGAGGACGCGCGGCAGCAGCUCGUCGACGCGCCCGAGAGCCCGCUCGCGGACUCGCCGCGCGACCGCUACCGCGCCAACGACUUCUGCGACGCGCCGCCGGCCGCGCGGCCGAAGAACGGCGUGCGCGUCGUCUCGCUCAACGUCUGGCAGCCCGCGGCGGACACGUGGGCGACGCGGCGCGCCGCGCUCGCGGCGCUCCUCAAGGGCGCGGCGCCCGACGUCGUCGCGCUGCAGGAGGUGCGGGGCCAGGGACGCUCCGGCGGCACCUGGGCCGCGGAGCUCGCGGCGGAGCUCGAGUCCGCGGGCUACGCGAUGCCGCACGCGGCCUACGUGCCGGGCACGGGCGACCACGGCAUCGGCGGCCGCGCGCCCGACGGCUGGACCGAGGAGGGCGUCGCGGUGCUGAGCCGGUUGCCGCUCAACGACUUUUACGCCGAGACCUGCGCGAUGCCGCCGCUCGCGCGAUCCAGCGACCGGAACCCGCGCACGGCGCUCGGCGUCGUCGCGGAGACGCCGCUCGGCGCGCCGCUCCGCGUCGUCGCGACGCACCUGAGCUACGACCGGCUCCAGCAGUGCUCGAGCGUCCAGGAGCGGCUCCGGCCCUGGCUCGACGACCUCUGGGCCGGCUACGACGACGACAAAGAGAACACGCUCGGCCAGGUCGUCGUCGGCGACCUCAACACGUACCCGGACUACGAGUGGCCGACGGACGCGCUCACGCUGUCGGCCCCCGUCGCCGCGGCCGUCGGCGGGCCCUGCGACGAGGACCACGCCACGCGCGAGAAGAACGUCGCGGCGCUCGCCGCGGACGUCGGGCGCCGCGCGGAGCCCGCGCCGAAGCCGCGCGCGGAGCCGGACUUUUUCGACGCGUGGGAGGCGGCCCGCGGCGCGCACGAGGCGGGCUUCACGUUCCCGAACCCGGAGACCAUGGACCUGGACCCGGCGCGGCCGGACCGCGUCCUCGUGCGGUCGACGAAGCUCCGCGCGGACCGCGCGUGGGUCCUGGGCUGCGACGAGGUCCCCGGCGCCAAGGGCCACCGGCCCAGCGACCAUCGGGUUUUGGUCGUGGACCUGGUGCCCGUCUAA